CUGACCAUUGAUCAGUGACUCUGCAGUGCACUCAGUCACAGGAGAAGAGAGAUCUGAACCCAGGGGGCUGUGAAGAAGACAAGUUCCCAGCUACUUUUGCCUCUGCAGCCUUUGUAAAGCUCCUGUGUUAUUCAGUGUUCCUGGGUCUGCCUCCUGUCUCCCAAGAUGCUGAGAAGAGUCCUGUGUACCAUGUUGUUCAUGGGAGCCUUGCCAUCACCAGCUGAGAUGUCCCAGGGCCACAUCUCCGUGGUCUUGCUGGGAGCCACAGGUGAUUUGGCCAAGAAGUAUUUGUGGCAGGGCCUAUUCCAGCUCUACAUGGACCAAGUGAGCAGCGGCCACAGCUUCACUUUCCACGGGGCUGCGCUGACAGCUCUGGAACCGGGGCAGAAGCUGAUGUUUGACGUGCUGAAGAAGCUGGCCUGUCCCCCGGAUGAGGCUCCAGACAGGUGUGCUGUGCUGAAGGACCAAUUCUUGAAGCUGAGCCAAUACCACCAGCUGAAGACGGCCGAGAACUAUACUGUGCUCAACAGGGAGAUCGAGGUGCUGCUUCGCCAGGAGGGCCUGAAGGAGGCUGGAAGAAUCUUCUACUUCUCGGUACCACCGUUUGCCUACACGGAGAUCGCCCGCCACAUCAACAGCAGCUGCAGACCCCCUCCGGGCGCCUGGCUGCGUGUGGUGCUGGAGAAACCUUUUGGCCACGACCUGGAGUCGGCCCAGCAGCUGGCUGCAGAGCUGACGAGCUUCUUCAGGGAAGAGGAGAUGUACCGGGUGGACCACUACCUGGGCAAGCAGGCUGUAGCCCAUAUCCUGCCUUUUCGAGACCAGAACCACCAGUUUCUGGAUCCAAUCUGGAACCGACAUCAUGUGGAAAGAGUGGAGAUUGUCCUGAAGGAGAUUGUGGAUGCCAAAGGCCGCACCAGCUUCUAUGAGCAGUACGGAGUCAUCCGGGAUGUGCUGCAGAACCACCUCACCGAGGCCCUUAUGUUCCUGACCAUGGAGCUCCCAACCAACCUGAGCAGGACCGAAGAAGUCUUGCGGUGCAAGCUGCAGGCCCUCCGGUCCUUGAGGGGCCUGGAGAAGCACAGUGCUGUGUUGGGGCAGUAUCAGGCGUAUGCCAGCCACGUGCAGGAGGAACUGAAGAAGGGACAGGACUACAUCAGCACAACACCAACCUUCGCAGGUGUGCUCAUUCAGAGUGACAGCCUGCGUUGGGAAGGGGUCCCUUUCCUCCUCACUUCUGGGAAAGCCCUGGAUGAACGGGUAGGUUAUGUCCGUGUUCUCUUCAAGAACCGGGCCUACUGCACACAGAGCGAGACGCUGAGGGAUGCAGGGCACAGCCAGUGUAAAGCCAAGCAGAUCAUCUUCUACAUUGGACAUGGUGCACUCAACACCCCUGCAGUGCUUGUGAGCAGGAACCUUUUCAGGCCUGUCAUGCCAAAAAGCAGUUGGAGAGAAGUUGUAGGUCAGCCAGACCUGCAUGUUUUUGGACAACCGCUGUCUGAUUACUACGUGUACAGCCCUGUGAAGGAGAGAGAUGCAUAUUCUGUCCUUAUUUCCAACAUAUACCAUGGCAGGAAGGACUUCUUCAUCACCACUGAGAACUUGCUGGCUUCCUGGGCCUUCUGGACACCUCUGCUGAACAGCAUUUCUCACCAGCCCCCACGCCUCUACCCUGGUGGGAUAGAGAACCAGAACCUCUUGGACUUUGAAAUGGUGAGCGGGGAGCUGGCGUUCACAGCGGCAGACCCGGUGGAACUGCUGAACCCUGACAAGUCGAUGCCAAGUGAUUUCAAGACAAUCCAGUCCAAAUUUCGGCAAAGCCCCCUGGUGUCAGCGUGGUCCGAGGACCUGAUUUCCCAGCUGGCUUCUGAUGUUGAGAAGGCAGCAAACAGGGCUGUGGCAGGCUCUGGGCAGUUCCACCUGGCUCUGUCCGGCGGCUCAAGCCCCGUGGCCCUAUUCCAGCGGCUGGCAAGGCACCAUUAUGCCUUCCCGUGGAGGCACACCCACAUCUGGCUGGUGGAUGAGCGCUGCGUCCCACUCACUGACCCAGAGUCCAACUUCUUCAGCCUGCACAGCCACCUCCUGCAGAGCAUCAGGGUGCCCUACUUCAAUGUCCACCCCAUGCCCGUGCACCUGAACCAGCGGCUCUGCGUGGAAGAGGAUGGAGGCACGGAGCUGUAUGCCAAGGAGAUCACAGCCCUGGUGGCCAAUUCCAGCUUUGACCUGGUACUGCUGGGGCUGGGCACUGACGGGCACACUGCCUCACUCUUCCCCGAUUCUGAAAACGGCCUGGAAGGGACUCGGGCCGUGGUGCUGACCGAAAGCCCCAUCAAACCUCACCAAAGGAUGAGUUUCAGCCUAUCCCUCAUCAACAAGGCCAGGCAGGUGUUCGUGCUGGUUGUGGGGAAGGGCAAACACGAUAUCACCACCCAAAUCAGCAGGGUGGGCCGUCAGCCAAGGAAGUGGCCUAUCUCGGGUGUCAGCCCCAGCUCUGGCCAGGUCGUGUGGUAUGUGGAUUAUGAAGCUCUGCUUGGGUGAUGUCCUCCGUGUCCCUCCUCCCUUGUCUGCCUGGAUUUUCCUACACAGCGUCUGUGUUUCCCUGUUGCCAGCAGCAGCUUCAUCUCUGAUGGGCUCCUCUAACCUUCUGGGAAAUCGGUGGCCUGUGGUGCCUCUGACAUUUGAGCUUGGCUCAGUGUGCAGAGCUAAGCAGGAGCCAGGGCCCGGGCAGCAUUGCUGGCUCUGCCAGACUCUGACUGUGACUUUGGACAUGUUACCUCACCUUGAAGUGCCUCAGUUUCCCCUCUCAGGACUUUAUGGUUAUUAACAUUGAACUACCUCACAGGCACAAUGGGAGACUUGUUAACCUAAGUACCUGCCAAUUCUUUUUUGUUGUUGUUGUUUUUUGAUUCUCAGGUUUGAAGACAGUAAUGACAUCUCCGUCCUCUGCCCGGCUCUGCCUGGGACAGCCACGGCCUCAGCAAAAUGAGUCUCAUGUGCACAUGGGUCUGCAGUUUUGUCCAUGCAGCCCAUUGUGGUGUCAGCCAGCCACUGGCCUUGGCUGGGCUCUCUUGGAGCUUUUGUGGCUUGUGGCCCCUAAAUGCUGACACCGAUUUGUGAGCUCGCUGUAGUCCCGGGUUUUCACCAAUUGCCAAGCAGCAGGGGCUGAGUCUACACACAGUAAUUUGCUGCUUUCCUUAAGUGGAUAGCUGGUAUCGUGGGGGAUGGAGAAGGAAACCACACUGCUUUUUAGGCUGUUAGAAUAAUGGGGGCAGGCUGAGGAACAUGGCAGUUCCCAAAGCUGUUAUUUGCCUGCAGUGCAAUAAUUACUGAGGGAAAAGCUUGUUGUUCAGGGUAGUUGUUUGUGUUUAGCCAGCAAAGGAAUGGUCUUUUCCUUAACUGUCUUCUGUCUUUGUUUCAUUCUCUGAAACAAUUUUUCUCUGUCCACAGAAUUGAAGCUUGCAGUGCCAUUCAGAGGCUUAUAAAAUUUCAGUGGGAGGCAGCUUUAAAAACUACCCAUGUGUCCCUCAUGACAGCACACAUUAAGGUAGUUAUGGUGUUUGGGGAUGGUGGUGCUGGGGUUUCAGCUCAAGGAUGCUGACUUACAAGGAGAGGGAAUUUUCUCCAAACAUCUAUUUUGGGCACACAGAACUAACAUGCUGCAUCUGUGUAGACAGGACAAGGUUAAGUGAUUAUGGAAAUGUAUAGUGCAGCUGCUCACGGGAAGGAGGGUUGGAGGCAUCCAGUCCUACCUAGAGACCCUGCUCUUUCCGUCCUAAUUUUUACUUUCCCAGAAUGCUGCCACAAACAAAGGCUGUCUCUGCUUUCAUGAUAUCCCCAAGUACUCCGUGACCUUCUCUAAUGGGUAAGUUGCCGCAGCGUGCCAGAGUGCAGCUUGUAGAAAGGAAAUCAAGAUGGGAGAAUGUGGGCUGACAAUCCAUGUGGAGGCUUGGAGACAAACCUGCUCACCUGGAGUGGCCCCAGGAGGAAGCUGGAGCGUGGCUGUGGUCCUGGCUCCCAGCAGUGAGGAUGCUGCAUAGAAGCAGAGGCUAUUUCCAAAGGGAUCUUUGCCUUCCUCCUGGGAAUGCUGGAUCUGCUUCCACAGAGAAGGAGCUGCUGGAUGGGUCGGGGGCUGACUCAGGGACUGAGGUGCCGACACGAGAUGGCACCCCAACCCCAGGGAGCAGCAGUAAGCUGUGUGGUCUGGGGUGGUGCCAGUCCUGGCUGCCAUUCCAGGCCACCAACUUAAAGUAGGGUCCUCAGGAGCUGUACCUGCAGGCCUGGUGACCCUUCAUGGACCCGCAAGUCUGCAGGAUAGGGAAGGAAGGGGACUUUGUUUUAGACAGCUGGGCAUUGGCCUCAAAUCCCCCACAGAGGGGAUCUGCUGAAUCCUAGUGGUGAGGAUGCAAAUGAAGGUGCAAAUAGCUGCUGUAGCCUGGCAGCACGUGAAGCAAGGCGGACAGGUCCAUCCAGCCUGUGCUCCUCCCAGG